AUGGAGCUCAAGACAAUCACUGUGCACGCUGGGACCAUUUUUGACCCCAAAGCCAAGAAGUUUAAAGAAAAUGUAUCAAUCACCGUCGAUCCUGGUACGGGCAGCAUUGUUCACGUACUGCAACGGAACACAGGCACGGCCAAUAUCAGGGAAGGCGACAUUGACCUCCGUGACAAGAUUGUCAUGCCAGGAUUUGUAGAUGCACACACUCACAUCUUCCUACACGCCUACAACGAAUCAUGUUCGGAGGGGGCUGCUCUCAGGAUAACACUACAUACCGCGACCUGGGCACAGAGGGAAUGGGCUCAUUCGACACAAACGUACGAGAUGCCAUCAACCGCUCUUCGUGGCGACAGAGUGUCUCGCCGGGGCCAGUAUCCUGCAGGGCAGCCGUUCGGAGAUGAGUCGCCACGGAUCAAGCAUCUCCGUUCAAUUCCCGCCCAGGAACCUGUCGUCAUGUUCAACCAAGACGAAAUGAAGGCCAUGGUGGAGGAGGCGCAUCUGGCGGGACUUCCUGUGGCAUGCCACGCCGCCACAGCAGAGGGAGCGGCCAUGGCGGCAAAAGCAGGCAUAACCAGCAUCGAGCACGAAACCUCGUGA